AUGCGAUCAACGCCCGUAGUCGCUGACAACCGGCAUAACUCAGUCUCAUUAUCAGGCCAAAGAUAAAAACGUCGUCGGCUUGUUCUGCUUCCCGAAUAUCAUCUCACCAUCGAGCAUCUUGCAGCUCUCAUAAUUCUGGCGCAUUCACUACUGCCCGCGACUCACUCCCGGCCAUUGACGCCCUUCUACUGAGCAACUCUGAUUCAGCGCCAAGAACGGCACUUAGUUAUUUAUUGGGAAACCUCCGGCCAUUUCCAGUCAGAUUCCUCACUUUGAUUUGGCCACUUCUUCGACAAGUCUAGGGAAGCCGCGAUACUAAUCUUCGCCCUCUCACCGGCAGCACACGUGCGAGCCAGUCCCAAUGGCUUCCUCCGAAGUGGACCAGAAGUUCCUCGGAAAAUGGGCCAAAACCGUCGAAAACGAUAAUCCCCUCUUAUCCUCAAUGCUUUACAAGAUCCUCGGACUCUCUCUAAGCCUCGCAGAGCAACUCGUCACAGCGAAGAAACAGCGCAGACCCGAUGCCGCCCGCGCGCCCCAGUCCCUCGACCUCAUUUUCCACAUCAUCUGGCUCUCAAGGGAGGGCCUAGUGAUGCUCCAGCAAUAUGUGAUUCCCAUGGUGGGAAACCACACAGAACUCCGGGUAUUGGCGUACAAGCUACGAGCAUCCUUCUACCACAUCUUCGUCCUGUUUCACAACAAACCUGCAGUGUCCACCAUGGGCAUCGCAACUCCAGACACAAUGGCUGGAUUAACCCCGCCAAGGUUGGACAAAGGCAAAGGGAUCGCAAGAGAGGAUUGGAACUCAUCACAGGGCUCAAUACAGCCUACGCAUGCCCUUGAGGGCGGCCCAGUGAACCCUCCGCCGGGUUUCGCUCCUCGAAGCGGCUCCGACCAACCCGCCGCUUUCCUCGAGCCGCCGAGAGACUACCUCCCCGAAGCGCACAAGUACUUCAAGGAGGCGAUUGCCCUAGCUGACCAACACCUCUGGGGAUCCCACUCAUUACGACUCUCUGUCAAGACGGAAUACGCCGCGUUCCUCUACGAGUGUGUACACGACGCUGACGGGAGCCGGAAACUAGCCAAGGAUGCCAUAUCCGAGGUCUACGAGGCGACCGAGGGCAUGGAUGACGACAUGUUUUCUGAUGCUUGCGAGCUGGUCACCGUCCUGGGCAAGAUGAUGAAGCGAGGGCUUGGGUCGAGCAACAACACUUUGACUAGAGGAACAAGCCCGACUCCGGCUGCACCUCCAGGAUCGACAAUGGCCCCUGGAAUGGAGAAUCCCAUCUGAGUGGUCGGUCGCUUGG